GUGGGGGUCCCGGUGGGCCGCCUGGAGCAGCGGGUGGGGGCUCUGAGGGGUCGCACCCCAUACACCGUCCGGGUCCGCGUCCGCCCCGACGGGCUGAGCUACGGCGGCUAUUGGAGCCCGUGGUCCGAACCCAUCACUGCCGUCACCGCCCCCGAUGUGGACCCGGUGACGGUGGGGCUCUCCUCUCUGCUGGCGCUGCUGCUGCUGGGGCUGGCAAUGCUCGCGCUGCUCGGACAGCGGCGGAAGCUGCAGGAGAAGCUGUGGCCGCCCGUGCCCGGCCCUGAGAGGGAAUUCGAGGGGCUCUUCAGCGCCUAUGGGGGCAAUUUUCAGCUCUGGCUGUACCAAGGGGUGGUGGAGCCCUGGAGCCCCCCCGGAGGCACCCCGGAAGCCGAGGAACAGCCCAGUGCCGUGGAAGAGGUGGGGCCCCCCCCCGGGCAAAGAGCCCCCCCCCGGGGACCCCCCCGUCUGCCCCCCCUUCGGCCCCCCCCAGCGGCCCCUCGCCCGCCUCCAGCUUUGAGUACACGCUGUUUGACCCCGGCUCGGCCCUGCUCUGCCCCAGGGGGCACCCCCAAAUCGCCCCCCCCCCACGACCCCCCCCGGCGGCCCCUACGCCAACCUGGCCCCUCCCCACAAAGGGUCCCCCCCCCCCGAGGAGGGGACCCCCCAAAGAAACCCCCCACGACAGGAGACCCCCACGGGAGCUUCCGUGCAAUGGGAACCCCCCCGGGACCCUCCUGGCGUUGGGGCCCCCCCCAAUGCCCCCCCCCUACGUGCUGUGCUCUUAAUGGAUGGGGGGGGGGGGAGAGGGGGGCGGAGGGGGGGGUUGGGGACACCCCCCGGGAUGGGGUGACACCGAAUGGAGGGGACACGGCGACGUGAGGUCACGUGGGCUCACCACGACACGGGGACGUGUCACACCACGGCACGAGGAUGGAGGGGACGUGUCAUAGUGACGUCACGUGGGCUCACCAUGACACGAGGAUGGAGGGGACGCGUCAUAGUGAUGUCAUGUGGGCUCACCAUGACACGAGGAUGGAGGUGACACACUGUAGUGAUGUCACAUGGACUCAUAGUGACAUCACAUGGACUUACCAUGACACGAGGACGUGUCACACUGUGACACAUUGAUGGAGGGGGACACAUCAUAGUGAUGUCACAUGGACUCACCAUGACACAAGGAUGGAGAGGACACGUCAUAGUGACGUCACAUGGGCUCACCAUGACACGAGGAUGGAGAGGACACGUCAUAGUGAGGUCACGUGGGCUCACCAUGACAUGAGUACAGAUGGGACACAUCAUAGUGAUGUCAUGUGGGCUCACCAUGAGACGAGGAUGGAGGGGACACGUCAUAGUGACGUCACGUGGGCUCACCACGACACGGGGACGGAGGUGACACACUAGUGAUGUCACAUGGACUCAUAGUGACAUCACGUGGACUCACCAUGACACAAGGAUGGAGGGGACGCGUCAUAGUGACGUCACAUGGGCUCACCAUGACAUGAGGAUGGAGGGGACACGUCACAGUGAUGUCACGUGGACUCACCAUGACAUGAGGACGGAGGUGACACACUGUAGUGAUGUCACGUGGACUCAUAGUGACAUCACGUGGACUCACCACAACACGAGGACGUGUCACACUGUGACACAUGGAUGGAGGGGACUCACCACGACACGAGGAUGGAGGUGACGCGUCAUAGUGACGUCACGUGGACUCACCACGACACGGGGACGGAGGGGACACGUCACAGUGAUGUCAC